GGGCCUCAUUGAAUUAAGCCCUUAGACAGCAACCGAAGCAGGGCAAUAUCAUAGCCAAACAUGGCAAAGUUCUAUAUAAAGUCAAAAGCCGCAGAACAGAGAUGGUCCGUCCAUCCACUUCGCUUUCUUAUCUUCUCCUAGUCCUCUUCCUUCUAUUCACUGCAACUGUUUGAUGUAAUCACUCAGACAAGUAUAAUCAAGUUCUUGAGCAGCAGCAGCUUCCAUGGAGGACACCUUUAGCAGUCUGCCUGAUGAAAUACUUUGCCACAUAGUUUCUUUUCUGCCAAAUGAAUCUGCCCUCUAUACCAGCCUUCUUUCUACUAGGUGGAGGGACUUGUGGAAUGAGACUUUGCUUAGAUAUGGAACUACCGAAGAUAUGGCAGAUUCUGUUGUUGAUUUCCUUGCUCGUUUUGAAGAGCUUCAUCCAUUAAAGCAUCCUAGAAGGCUUCAAUUUUACUAUGGUGAAACUGAAGACUCUCUGCUCUUAGCAUCUAUUGCUACUAACAACAAGCUUCUUCUGGAUUUCUCCAGCAGGAAGAGAAGGGAACACCCUGAAGGGCCUCAUGAGAUGCACUUGAAGCUCAAUAUUCAGAAUCCUCAGUCAUUUCCUCCUCCUACUUUCUUAAUCAAGACGCUCUAUUUGAAAUCUGUUUGCUGUUUGACAAGUGAGGUAGUUUCCUCCAUUGUUUCAAGCUUGAAGCAUCUCGAGAGCUUGAUAAUCACUGGCUGUGCUGGAUUGGAGUCUCUGUGCAUAGUCGAUGGCGAAACAAAACUCCUCAAGUUAACCAUUCUUGAUUGCUUACAGUUGAAGUCUGUUCAACUUAGAACUUGCAGACUCAAAUUUUUUAGGUAUAGAGGUUUGCUUCCUCGAAUUUUGGCUGAAAAUUUCUUCAAUCUCGCGGAUGCCAUGCUCGAUUUCAGACUUGGCCAUAUCUGCUACAGCUUCAAGACUGAAGAUUUUGAUACAACCUUGUUAACCAUAAAGAACUCUGAAGUUCUUACUCUGUGUGAAUGGAAUUAUCGGGCAUUAAUUUGGCCAUCAAUUUCACCUCAAAUUGAAAGCUUUAUAUUCUACAAGUUGAAAGAGUUAUGGUGGAUUGUUGAAGAUGGACAAAACAGUAAUGCCUUAGUGUCCUUCUUGAAGCUCUGCCCUGCUUUGGAGAAACUUUAUGUGACAGUUGAUCCCGAGAGUUAUUUCACAUCAAACCCGGCUUCAAGCUUGAAGGAAGCAACCAAAUACAAGAAACUGGAGCAUCUGAGGCUUGUUAAGCUUAUGGGGUUUACAAGGAAGGAAGACGAAAUCUCACUGGCAAAAGAUUUGGUUCAGCUAGUGAAGGCAAAGCCUUCAAGGAUAGAAGCAUCAGAUGGAAGUUGCUUGCAGUGUUUGGGGAGUGUUUCAAGGGAACAUGACGAAACAUGUGACGAAAUUAAUUUGUGUAUCAAGCAUCCUCACAUGAGCCUGUAGUCUGUUGACAAGAUAGAUAGAUACGUGUUUGGGUAUUGUAGUUUUUUUUCUGGCAGCCUAUCUAUAAGAUAUUUGAGCUCAAGAUAACUUCCAAGCAUCAAGUUUUGAAUGAGCUUGUCUUAAAAGCAUACCUAGAUGUAUUUAUUUAUUUUUAAUAUAUAUGUCUUGUAUUAUAAUAA